AUGUUCAAUGAACAUCAGCAUGUUAGUAGCAAAAUUUUCCUUCAAGCCACGAUGCUUCAUGUGUUUUUUCGUGAUUACAGGAAUCGGCCAUACUUGUACUACUUUGACAUUACCAAAUGCAUAUCAUAUACUACAGCUCUGGGAGGUUGUCAAACACCUCAAAUGUGUGUAGCAGCCUGUCCCUCUAAGUACUUCUCCUAUCUCCAACUUCAAAAUCCCACCAUCACCAGUGAGGAAUUCCGUCAAACGGUUGCGUCAUCGGUAUAUUGUCUUGAUACGGUUAACAUAAGCACGAUAACAUCAUUUUUGAUCUUACGAGCUUAUGUACAACAGCAGAAAUGUGCAUCCUAUACAGUGAAGUCCGCUCCAGUUCUUGGACGAUGCGUGCCAGAGAUUCUCAUCGGCGCCGCUGACUCAUUCAACUCUAUCCAACAAGGAAAUACCUCACUUGACACUUUGAAGAAUAUGUUUGGCGACGAUGGCUCUAUCCCACCCGACAAAGCGUUGAAUGAUAGCGAGAAGUAUAUUGGCCAAGUAGUCAACUCAGAGGGUGUCAUCACAAAGAUUGUCCACGACUUGUCAAAGUCCUGGUGGCAGAUAGCCACCCUAGUAGUUGCAGCAGGUGUGCUCGCAUUCCUAUGGACGGUAGUUCUAAGAAUCCUCGGAGGCUUCAUGAUCUGGACAUCAAUUAUCGCCAUACUGGCAGUACUUGGUGCAGGUUGUGGCUACAGCUGGUUUAAAUGGAAUACUUUGAGAAAAGUUGGAGCAGUCGACGAUUUCUCCUUUCAGCCAAUAUUCAGCGUGUACUUUGAAAUGCCAACUACUUGGCUAAUUGUUGCCAUUACUGCAAGCAUUGCUCUACUCAUUCUUCUUCUUGUUCUUCUCUUCAUCCGUAAAAGAAUAUCCAUUGCAGUGGCACUGAUUGAGGAGUCUAGUAGGGCAGUUGGCCAUAUGAUGUCGACUCUGAUUUUUCCCAUCUUUCCCUUUGCUCUUCAUUUGCUGGUGAGACUUCAUAAUUCAUGUAGAUAUGAGUGGGAAAAGAUUUUACAUUUGAAAUUUCAGUCAAAAUACUUUCAAAAGCAAAAGUUUAAAAAAAAAUCUCAUUCUCAUUUUUUCUUCAAAUUCGCAUUCAAGGUGAUCGCUCUUUGGGGUACAAUCGCGAUCUGGCUGGCGUCUUCAGGUGUAGAAACGUGUGUGAGAAACGAUGGCCGAAAUACGACCUGUGAUUGCUCCACAAGCGCUCAAGAUUCAAGCUGUUUAUUUAUUGGACUUACCAAGCAAGAGUCAACUGUAUUCUGGCUACAAGUCUAUAAUCUAUUUGCUUUCUUCUGGAUGACUUGUUUUGUUACUUCACUGGGUAUGCAUGUUUAUGUCAUUUUAUACAACCUUGGAUCACUAGCCUUUGGCUCACUAAUAAUCGCAAUUAUCAAAGUAGUACGUGUAAUUCUUGACUAUUUGGACAAGAAAAUGGCGACAACAAAAAGCGCCGUAAUGAAAUCUAUUCUAUCGGCCCUGAAGUGCUGCUUCUGGUGCAUGGAAGUCUUCUUUAAAUUUCUUACCAAAAAUGCUUUCAUUAUGAUGGCAGUUUAUGGGAAGAACUUCUUCACCUCAGCCAAGGAUAGUUUCAUGUUGUUAGUCAGGAACUGCGUGAGAGCCGCAGUUGUAAAUCAAGUGGCUGGAAUUCUCCUCUUCCUAGGAAAAGCGCUGAUCACGCUUGGAAUGGAAAUGAUUGGAGUAGUUCGAACAGCACAUGGGCAUGUUUCAAUUUCAGGAAGUUACUUUGUUGCGGAUCUAUUCUUUGAUGUCUACGAGAUGGCUGUCGAUACUACCUUCAUUUGCUUCUUGGAAGACUCCGAGCAGAAUGACGGUAGCCCAGAGAAGCCUUUUUACAUGUCCAAGAAUCUCCAAAGUAUAUUGGACGUAAAGAAUACGAAAUGA